UACAUAUCGAAACUUUUUUCUUGGCUUCAAAUUCGCUUUUUCUCUGCGUUUCGUGGGGAAGGAUUUUGCUGCUCUUUAUUUGAAGAUAAAUUUAAUGCAAAUUAUAAUUUAUUUUUAAAUAAAAAUCAGUGCAAAUCACUACGCAUAGGCAUUUCAAAUAUAAAAAACUUAAAGCAAAAGGGCAGUAUAAAUAAAAGAAAAAGCGUUGUAAAAUGGAAAAUAUCCAAGGGCAUGAGCAUCAACCGCAGCAGCAGGCCGGGUUUGCACCUCGACGUCAGUAUGAUGGUCUCGGACCAGCGGUGCUAACUACUUUAGACAACAUAACCAAUGGCCACAUGCAGCAGGUACCGCAAGUAGAGAUGCCGCCGCGUCCCAUUAAAUCAAAGAAAGAUAAGAUUACUGACUUAACUGAUGCGACAAGCAAGUUAGCAAUUGAGGAAUCUAUAAAAUUGACCGAUAGUAAUGGGCUAGCUAUGAAGACCCCGGUUUCUAUUCUACAAGAACUCUUAAGCCGUCGUGGAAUAACACCCAAUUAUGAAUUGGUGCAAAUCGAGGGCGCCAUACAUGAGCCAACAUUUCGUUAUCGCGUGGCGUUCAAUGAUAAGGAUAUACCCUUCACAGCCAUGGGCGCUGGACGCUCCAAAAAAGAGGCUAAACAUUCAGCUGCACGUGCACUAAUUGAUAAACUGACCGGUGUACAAUUGCCUGAUACAGCACAGGUUGGCGGCAGUGCCGGCGUUAGCACAUCCUCAAGCGGCAUUACAGCUACAAAUGUUGGAGGCGAUGGAAACGCAAAUGCAGUUGGAAGUGGCGAUGGCGCCGAUAAAAUUGUUGGAAAUCCGAUUGGCUGGUUGCAGGAGAUGUGCAUGUCCCGUCGUUGGCCACCACCAACUUACGAGACCGAAACAGAGGUUGGUUUGCCGCAUGAACGGCUAUUUACCAUCGCUUGUUCAAUCCUUAAUUAUCGUGAAGUAGGAAAAGGUAAAAGUAAGAAGAUCGCUAAACGUCUGGCUGCACACAAAAUGUGGACUCGUUUGCAAGAAAAUCCAUUGGACAACAAUCAAAUUUCUGAAGCUAUGCGCUCUGAUAUAGAUGGUGAACACCGUAACUGUGCAAAUUAUUAUGGUGAUUUGAAAGAUAUCACUGUACCCACUAUAACCAGCCAGCAUAGUAAUAAGGUCUCACAGUUCCACAAGACACUUAAAAAUGCUACCGGAAAGAAAUUGCUCAAGUUGCAGAAAACUUGUCUUAAAGGACCCAAAAUUGAUUACAUGAAAUUGUUGUCGGAUAUUGCUAAUGAAAAUCAGUUCGAAGUAACUUACGUUGACAUAGAAGAGAAAUCUUUCACUGACCAAUGCCAAUGCUUGGUGCAGCUUUCAACAUUUCCAGUUGCCGUAUGCCAUGGCACUGGACCCACUACAACUGACGCUAAAAAGCGUGCUGCUCAAAAUGCUUUGGAAUAUUUAAAAAUUAUGACCAAGAAGUAGAAUGCCUACUACAGCAGGAAUUCUUGGGUAAAAGAAAAGAAAUGAAAUAAAGCUUACAUAAAUAAUGCGACAAGAUGAAUAAAAUAAUUUGCAGUUCAAUAAGUAAAACAAACAAAAACAAAAUUUUUUGGUAGUGCGAAUUUAUAAGAUAUCCAGUGAAUCAGACAAAAUCUCUGGUGGUGGUGGUGGCACUGAGAAAAAAACAAAAAAGUGUUAAAAUUAAUACUUUCAUUUUAAGGAGCAUAUUUGACUAAGAUUACAUAUGCAUUCUGUCUUUAUGUAUAAAUACGUGACAGAUUUCUUAUGCAUGUGAAACUUAUUAUUUCAUACAUAAUUACAAUAACAUCUAAUCGAUGUUCCAAAUUUACAUAUUAUAAAAAUUGAUUAAGUUAAACUUGUAUUUAUAUAUUGUUUCCUUAAAACAUGUGAAAUAUUUUUGGAAUCAUGGUGAAAUCGCAGUGAAUUAACGAUAUUCAAGGACGGAGAUAAAUCUACUAUAAAUUUUCACUUUAAAUCUAUACAAAAUAUUUUUUUUUUAUUAUACCUAGGAUAUAGGGCGCGUAAGUAAUUUUUCCGAUCAUACUGUGCCGAAAUCAAGGCAUAUUCAACAAGGUAGAAGCGAUUUGGACGGUUCUCUCUUUCUAGAUUGCGACUGAAAUGUAACGUAGAAGAAAUUAUUUCAAAUUGUAUUAAAAAAUGUAUUUGUUUAAUUUAAAUUUUUUAUAACUUUUGGCAUUAUAGUCAGCUACAAAUAAAGUUAGAUUUUGUUGUCACUUCUAUCGUUUUGAAUAUAUCUUGGCCAAAAUCAUUAAAAUCUACGACGCAUACAUACUACUUAUAUAUACAUACAUACAUUUAUAUAAAAAUGAAAUCGAUAACAAUGAUAUGAAUGAGUUAUAUAUCACUAUUGCAAACAAUUCGAAUAAAUAACCGUUUCAGAUAAUUACAUGUAAA